AUGUCGAUGAACGGGUACAUGCGGCAGAUCUUCCUCGACGCCCUCAUGCAGGGCAAGACGGAGCAUCUGACGACCCGCUAUUCCAAGCUUCGCGAGCAGGCUGAGCAGAAGCUGAGCUCCGAGGCAUUUCUCUACGUCGACGGAAGCGCCAGCACGCAGAGCACGGAGCUCAACAAUCGCAAGGCUCUGGAUGCCUACCAGAUCGUCCCUCGAAUGAUGGCUGGCGUCGAAUUCUCAGAGUUCAGCACCGAGCGUGAAAUCUUUGGACGAACAUUUGCGAAUCCGCUCAUCAUCUCGCCCAUUGGGGUCCAAGGGCAGCUCCAUCCAGACUCGGACGUCGCUACUUCUCAGGCGGCCAAGGAGGUUGAGGUCACCUUUUGCCUCUCUAGCGCCACCUCCACGCCCAUGGAAGUCGUCAUGGAGAAGUCACAGCACGAAGAGGCCUGGUUUCAGCUCUACUGGCCCUCCGACGACGACGUGACCGAGAGCUUGAUCACGAGAGCGAAGAAAGCCGGGUACAAGGUCCUGGUCAUCACCCUCGACACGUGGACCCUUGGCUGGCGGCCCCAAGACAUCGAUGCGGGCUACAACCCUUUCAUCAAAGGCAUGGGCUGCGCAAACCUCUUUUCGGACCCCGUCUUUGUCGAAAAGUACUGUGAGGGCAAGUCGCCCCUUCGCGACGGCGCCACGGCCGACGACGUGCAGCAGGCCGCCCUUUCCGUCGCGACCCAAGGGCUCCUGACUUCUGGCAAGGCACGCACCUGGUCCGAGCUGGCUCAGAUUAGGAAGCUGUGGGGCGACGGACCCAUCGUCGUCAAGGGCGUGCAGACGCUCACCGACGCCGCCAGGGCCGUCGAGGCCGGCGUUGAUGGGAUUUGGGUCUCGAACCACGGUGGAAGGCAGGUUGACGGGGCUAUUGGGAGCCUACAAGCCCUCGGUCCCAUUUCGCAGUAUAUCAGAGGCCUGCCAAAGGACACGAAGCGACCGGUCAUUGUGUUUGACUCAGGCAUCCGGUCCGGUGCGGACAUCAUGAAGGCCGUCGCGCUUGGAGCUGACCUCGUUGGCAUCGGGAGACCGUAUGCAUUCGGCCUGGCAUGUCGGGGUCAAGAGGGCGUCGAGGCCGUGCUCAAGUCGCUCAUUGCCGACUUUGAAAUGAAUGCAGCCUUGGCGGGCUGCAGGACCAUCAACGAUCUCGGCCCGCAUAGUCUUGUCAAGUCAGGCGAAGAGAGCAGGCUGUAA